AUAAGGUGUCUUUGGAUAGAUUUUGAAGUCUAUUUUCAUAUUUGAGUGGCCACAGUUCGAGAGGAGAGAGCAAUCAUCCAAAAAUCGAUCUGGAACGAGCAGAGGUCUGUGAACUCGAGCUGUGAGAGUGCUGAGACUGUUUGGUCGAUAUCUCGCGUUUUACCAAUCCAAUUAAGGCGUGUGAGAUACCAAAAGAAAUCUCUCAAGACGAGGAAUCCGUGAAGGUCUGGUUUGCAUCAAUCGGAGUAGAGUAAGGCUUCCAAAUCGUCCGAACAGAACGCGACCUUGCAGGAACGGAUUUACUCUUCUAAGAAACGAGUUAGCCGGAAAACACCCAUUCUAGGGGCUGUUUUCGUACCAACGUUUAGGGGUUGAGCUAGCACCUUGAAGAGGCUGUUUAACACUCAUAUUUGAGCAAGGAAUCAGUUCCAAAUCCACCUUGACCGAAGCUUUGACCAUUGGACCAAGAAGGGAAAGUUUAAAGCUCAAUUGAGGUUGAGGCUAGAGCUUGCAUCCUGUGCUCGUUGAUCGGGCGAUUCCUCGGAGAGAAGACUUGAAAUGGACCGUGGUGGCAGGAUUACUAGGAGAAACCCGACUGGCCGUGUACCAGUGGAGACUGGACUGGGCAGUCGAAGGACCUCUAGAGCAUCUGGAGGAGCUGGCCGUGGAGGCCGAUCACAGACCGUGAGCGACGGUCAUGUGAGCACCGAAAACGAGAGCUACUGGUCCUAUGAGGACUCGACCUAUCGGCCGGAAACAGAGCCGGUUGAAACCCCUUAUGAAGGGGAUGACGAUGACGCAAGUGAUGAGGAGGACAACGGCUCCUUAGCGCGGAUUGAGGCAUUACUCCAACAAUAUCACCGUGAGCGUGAAGAGAGGAGGGAACGCCGAAGGCGCCGGGCUGGGCAACCUUCGGGCAUGGCUUCACGAGGAGGAAGUCAUGGUGCAUCUAGAGUCCAUGUGGAACCACGUGGAGGCCAAAAUGAUGGAGGUCCAACCAUAAGGAUCUCCAAAUACAUCAAAGAAGCAAGAGAUUUGGGGUGCAAACCCUUUGAUGGAGCAGGGGACAUUUCAGUGGCAGCACAAUGGAUCAAGAGCCUAAAUGAAGCAGCCCUUGACAUGCAAAUCGCGCCGAAUCUCAAACUGAGAAUUGCGGUAAGAUUGCUCGAGGGGAUGGCAUCCAAGUGGUGGGAUGGAACCAAGAACAAGUACGGUGAGACCGUCGUUUGGGAGGACUUCCAACGGGAGUUCUUUGCCCAAUACUAUUCUGAUUUCGAGGUGAAUAAGAAGGUGAGGGAAUACACCCUCCUAACCCAAGGGGGUAACAUGUCAGUGAAGGAGCUGGAGUACAAGUUCCGGGAUCUCGCCGACUACAUACCGGAGUAUGCUUGUGACGAGAACCGCAUGGUAAACCACUUUUGGGACGCUCUUGACUUGGAGAUACGUGAUAGGGCAACGCAAUUGCCUAAUAUGACUUUCGCCCAAGUGGUUGACCAAGCGUUGAAAGGGGAGAAACAGUGGGAGGAACGGAAGAAGAGAGACGCCGAGGAGGCGAAAAAGAGAAAAUGGGAGAGUCAUGGCUCCCAAGGUUCCAACAAAAAGGGGAACCAUGGAGGAGGAUCUUUCCGGGCACCACCACCACCGUCUAGGGGGAACCAAGGCCCGAGUGGGCAAGGCUCGAGGUCACAAACCUCGGUGGUGACUCGUUGCAACAAUUGCAAGAAGAACCACUCCGGUAAAUGUCGCGACCCCCCUAGAUGCUUUCAAUGUGGGGAUGCCGGGCAUUUGAAGGCACAUUGCCCACAACUGGGCGGGGCAAGGACAUCGGGACCAAGUAAUGGCCCGACGGGUACACGGAAUCAACCCGGGGCUUCUCAAGCAAGCCGGGGACAUGGGGGAGCAAGCACGAGUAAUGUGCCAUCCGUGAACCAAGGAAGGACCCAGGCUAGGGUCUACGCAAUGACGGAGGCGGAUGCUCAAGCUAACCCGGAUUCCGUUGCAGGUUGAGGCUAGAGCUUGCAUCCUGUGCUCGUUGAUCGGGCGAUUCCUCGGAGAGAAGACUUGGUUCGUGCUUCCUCCGUUCUAUUUGAAACAUUAUUAAAUUUGCUCAUGGAUAUUUUACUAUAGAGCCUGCGUGCUCAUGAACAGCCCUGUGUGGCUCUUUUGUUUUAAAUAAUGUUUUCCGCUGCGUUAUGAAUUACUUAUUAUGUUUGUUUAUGGAUGUAUAUGUGUGAAUGAUAUUCAAGACGCCUUGUAUAAUAUGAAUGUGUUGGACUGCGGUUGACUAUUCAUAUUGUACGGCGGGUUGUUGACGUGUCCGGAUAGGUCCGGGGCGUGACAAUACUAAUGAGCAUGUUGUGACCACUUGAAAUGAACACGUCAUCACUCAAGAAAAUGAUAAUUUGUUAGAAG